CGUAUCAUUCAUUGUCAAAUUCGUGAUUUUUUGCAAGCAAGACUGUCGGAAAAAACUUUAUGAGUCAAAAGGAGCAAAAGCCUACGCUCACGGGCCAGCGAACUCGGACCCGAAAGAGGGAUGAGAAAGAGAAAUACGACCCAACUGGGUUCCGUGAUAGUAUCCUGCAAGGACUUAACGAAGCUGGCACAGAUUUGGAACAAGUAUCCAAAUUCUUGGAUGGGGCAGGCUCUAAGCUGAACUACCGGCUGUAUGCUGAAACCCUUCUUGACAUUCUUUUUGCUGGUGGCAUUUUAGCACCUGGGGGCUCAGUGGUAGAGGAUUCAGAUAAGACCAAGGUUUGCCGCAGCGAAGUCUGCGUGUUCACCACCAAGGGAGAUGUCGAGGCAAUGCAAAACUUUGGUGAGGUGUUCAGCAAGUUGACUCGCCGCUACAAGUACCUCGAAAAGAAACUCCAAGAUGAACUUGUCAAGAUUAUCCUGUUCCUUAAGGGCUUCACUGAGGUGGAGCGCAAGAAGGUAGCCAUGAUUACUAGCAUCAUGCUGGCUAAUAACCAGGUAGAUGCUAAAUGCCUCGCAAGUCUCUUCAAUGAUCAUCUUGUCAAAGAUGGCAUUGCCUUGCAGUUUGCAGUGGACAUGUUUGCUGUAUGGUUGAAGGAACGUGAUAUGAACAACAUCGGUUCAGUGCUGAGUAAGGCACAACUCGACAACAGACUACUGGAACUGAUGCCUAUUUCCAAGAGAAGCGAAGCCCAGUUUGAAAACAUUUUCUGUGAAGCAGGUCUGACUGAUUUUGCAAACUAUCAGCGGGCUAGAGCUCAUGCUGAAAGCAAGAAACGUCUUUUCAAAGAACUUUCUGAGAUCACUGAAGACUCUGGAGACAUAAAAGAGAUGCAAACCGCAAUUCAGGAAACCAUGAAGAAGAAUGAUUUUACUGGAAAGGACAUCAUUGGUGUACUCUGGAAGGCAAUGAUGAAGUCCAAUGAAUGGUCCAAGAAAGAAGAAAAUUUGCGAGAACAGCUAGGACGUUCCUUCAAGAAAUACAUGCCACUCUUCAAGACCUUUGUGACCACUGGUCGCACUGAAGCUCAACUAUUACUCAAGAUGCAGGAUUACUGUCAUUCUGACAUUAUGAUGAGGAAAAUGUUCACCAAGAUGGUCACCUGGUUCUAUUCCUCUGAUGUGCUGUCGGAAGAUGAGAUUCUGAAGUGGUACAAAGGCAAUGACAGCCCCAAGGGCAAGGCCCAGUUCAAUGAACAAAUGAAGAAGCUUGUGGAUUGGCUCAACACUGCUGAAGAAGAAUCUGAUGAUGAGGAGGAGGAUGAAGAGGACCAAGAUCCAGAUGAACAGGAGACCUAGAGCGUUUCAAUGCCUUAUUCCACAUAUCACACUAUCAUCAUGUAUCACCUGUAAUUUCAUAGUGUAUUGACCCAAUUUCCUCAGUCGGUAUGAAAUUGAGGCUUCCUUGGUCACGUGCCCUUACUGUUUCACUAGCUUUUUCUUACUUAUCAACCAAUUUCUCCAAUUUGCAUCA